GAUGGUUCGAGUUAAUCAAUCAAAUCAAGAUCUCCCGCCAGACCUACAUCAACAAAACAUUUUACUUUUCCUGCUCAAUUAAACGUAAUUAAUAAAGGAAAACAAUGUGGAACAAUCAAGAGGGUUUCCAGGCACAGGGUGGAUUUUCCUCGCCAGGCGGAUUUGGAACACCACAGGCAGAUGAAAAACGAUCUCGUCAAAGAGCACAGACUAUAGUUCCAGUCACAGCAGCAGAGAUCAUAAACUCCACACAGCAGGAUGACAAGUUCUACUCAGGAGAAAUAGAAAUUUAUCAAGUAUCUAUGAUUGGGUUGGUGCGGGCAGUGAAGGAGUCAGCAACUAGAAUUGACUAUGAGAUAGACGACCUGACCGGACCACCCCUAGAAGUCAAACAGUUUGUUGAUAAUGAUGAGUCAGUGCCUGAUGAGGAGAGGAUUCAAUCCAUGCGCGAGAAUACUUACGUACGUGUGCGAGGUACUGUCAGGUCAUUCGGGGGUAAAAAGAGCAUAACAGCAUCCAAAAUCACCCCUGUCACGGACAUGAACGAACUCACAUACCACAUUCUGGAGGUCGUACACAGUCAUAUCACAGCAAAUGCUGGACAAACUGGGGGAGGAGACAUGGGUGGGGCUGUUCAAGGGAUGACCUCUAUGGACCAAGGUGGUGCCGGUUUCAGUGAUGAUAUGGUUAGUGGGCUCACGUCCAUUCAAAACCAGGUUCGAAUGGCCAUCAAGAGUGAUGGGUCAGCAGAGGGUGCUAGUGUGGAUAUGGUUUCUAGACAGAUGAAAGGGUUGCCUGAGAAAGCCAUUAGGGAUGCCAUCGAGUUCUUGAGCAGUGAAGGUCACAUCUACUCCACUAUAGAUGACGAUCACUACAAGGCUACAGACAGUUGAAAAACAUGGCCACCUCAUUCCAUAGUUGCUCCAACACUUAGAAUCCUAUUGUUAAGGUUUAAUAUGGAUGCCUGAAUUGUGCAUCAGUAGGACAUGGUGAAAUACAUACAUUGUAGUAUAGUCUCGCACUCACAUGUACAGUUUGCCUUUGUGCCAGUACAUGUAUUUUAAUUGACAGGGCUUAAUUGGAUAACAAAAUAAUGUCUUUAUCGAUGAGUGACUUAAUGCAAACAUUGUAUCAUUGUUUUUUACAUUCAUGUCAUUUGGUCCAAUACUUUGCUUCAUAAAUUAUUAUGAUAUAGCAUUUGUUCAAGAAUACAUUUAAAGUGCUUUCAUAAGAAUUCUUUGUAAAUAUGUGAUGAAUAAAUUUGAGAGAUAUCGGU